AGAGUAGAUGGAACAUCUUAAGAUGCUGAGACUAUUGUUCUAUUUGCUUGGCUUAUUAAUUUUUCCAAGUGUUCAAGGAGGAAUUGCGUCCAAUUCAAAGGAUCAGUCGUUGUGCGUUCUCCAAGAUGCACCCACACAAUGCGGCUCCUUUUGCCUGGCCACACUGAACCCUAUAUCUGAUAAUAUCCAAAAAAGGUUGGAUGAAAUCGAGGCAGGGCAGAGAGCCCUUAACGAUUCCUUUAUGAUGACCAAGACUAUCACAAAAGAAGACUUCGUGAAUUCCAUUCAGGCUCUGCAGAAUGCGAGAUUGGACAGAAUGGAGGUACUUAGGACGCUGACAAUAACAGCCGAUGCCAACGAUGAACUCAAAAGCCAAGUAAAUACCUUGAAAGACACCAUAAAAGACUUGCAGAGUCAGUUAGAAAUAUCCGAAGGUCAAACCAAAAGCAAAGAAGAUAUUUUAAAGGUGAAAGAGGAGCAAAUCAAAAGCCAGCAUGAACACCUUAAAAAUAAAGAUGAACAAAUCUCUGACCUUAGGACUCAAAUUAAUUCGAUUGAUAUCAUAAAAUCAGAACUAUCUAGUCAGCUUUCUGAAUUGCAGAAAACUGAUGACAUUUUACCUGACUCCUGUCCGAGUGACAGUCCCAAUGGGAUUUUCCAAAUAAAGCUUCGGGGUCUUGAACCCUUUGAAGUGCCAUGUGCGACGUCUCCAAGUGGUUGGACUGUAAUUCAGAGACGCAUUGACGGAUCCGAGAACUUCGAUCGAAACUGGCAUGAUUAUAAAUAUGGAUUUGGGAAUGUCAGUGGAGAAUUCUUCAUCGGGCUGGAAAAAUUGCAUCGGAUGACUGAGGCACGACCCCACGAACUCUACAUUAAACUUGGGAUGGUUAAUGGAUCCACCAGCUACGCUCAAUACGAUGAUUUUGGGAUCGGGAGUGAGGAGGAAGCCUACAAGUUGAAGAAUCUAGGGAAAUAUUCUGGUGAAGCCGGAAACUCACUCACACGCAAUAAGAACCAAAAGUUCUCCACAUUUGAUCGGGAUAAUGACAAUUGUCGUGAUCUUGAUUGUGCCAAUGCAUUUGGUGCAUGGUGGCACAAUAACUGUACAGAUAGUAUGCUCAAUGGAAAAUACUUCAAAGAUGGCGAAGGUUAUGCAGGAAUUACUUGGUUUUCAUGGCAUAAAUAUUGGUCUGUAUCACUUACCUUUGUCGAAAUGAUGAUAAGGCCCAAGUCCUUAUAAGUCGCACUGUUUGAGUAUGAAAUAUUUGAAUAUUAAUAAAAAAUACUAAAUCUACCCUGUACUCCUAA